AUGCAUCCCCUCUCUCAUCUCACCCUCUUUCUCUCGCUCCUCUUCCUCCUCCUCGCAACAUCAACAGCAGCUCUCCCAGCAACACCAGCAACACCCACAAACCCCCCACCAACAUCAACAUCCUCACCAGACACACAACAACCUCCAAUCCAGCCCUUCCACCCCACCACCGGCGCAGCCCUCUUCCCAACAGGCAUACCCGCCUCCCCGCGCCCAAACCCAAACCAGUCUCCAGCUCCAUCCCCAAUCUACUCAACCCUUACUCCCAAAUUCCCACCCUCAAACUCCUCCUCCUCGCCGGGGCACCACAACUCCACAUCACCCUGCGCAUCAGGCCGACCCCUCCGCCUGGGCCCAGCCCGCCUCCACAAGAACCCUCACAACCGAACAUCCUCCUCCUCCUCCUCCUCCUCACCCUCCCUUCCGCCAUCAACCACAGCCCCCACCGAAGCAGCCGUUGCCGCCGCCGCUGCCAUCGCCGCAGCAGCAGUAGAAACCCCAGCAGAUUCCGGCCCAAGAAACUACGCCUCCCUCAUCCCCCCGGCCCCCGGCGUAACCCCCCGUCCGGAGCCGAACCUCGCCGAAAUGGGAUACUACCAGACGACGUACUACUCCUGCGCGACGCGAGGCACCUCGACACACUGCGGCUGGCACAGACCCAUCAUGGUCGCACCCGCCAACAACGCUGCUGCUACUGCUGCCGUGAGCCGCAAGGCCGGCAUCGGGGCGUUGGUCGUCGCUGCCGUCGUCGGUGUCCUCGUGGCUGGGUGA